AUGUCGUUCUUCAACUUCAAUGGGUCUGCGAUUCCUACGAUCAGAUCGACACGGACUUUCAGACGCACAGAAAACCCCUCCCCAGGUGACCUGCAUUCCCCUCCAACCUCAUCCCUUCAACAACAACAACAACAGCAGCAGCAGCAUGAGCAACUACAAUACCCAUACCAGCAAAAGCCAGCCAUAUUAGGAUCCGGAGCAAGCUUGGCAAAGGCCGUGCAGCUACCGAAGGGAGAGGACCUAAACGAAUGGCUCGCAGUUGGAGUUGUUGAACUGUACAAUCAGAUCAACAUGCUCUAUGGAACAAUCACAGAGUUCUGUUCGCCUGUGACUUGUCCACGGAUGACGGCGACUCUGGAAUACGAGUACCUCUGGCAGGACCCGUUACAUCGUCACAGCAAACCCAUGGCCAUGAGCGCCCCAGCAUAUGUGGAGUCGUUGAUGACAUGGAUCCAGGGGUUUUUGGACGACGAGUCUGUCUUCCCCACCAAGAUGGGUGUGCCCUUCCCAAAACAGUUCCCGGCAUUGGUGAAGACCAUCUUUAAGAGGCUAUUCAGGGUCUAUGCGCACAUGUAUUGCCAUCACUUUGAUGAGAUCAAUGAGUUGCAGCUAAAUGUCCAUUUGAACACAAGUCUAAAACAUUUUGUCCUGUUUGCCAACGAGUUCCAAUUGUUACAGCGGAAAGACUAUGGACCAUUGGAUGAUUUGGUCGAUGUAAUGGUUAGUGAUCCUUAG